AUGCCCCCCCCAUCCACCCUCUCCAACCAAACCUGUCCCCUCCCCUCCCGCAAAACCUACCACCUCCCCCCGGCCUCCUCCCUCCCCCUCCUCCGCACCCUGGACCUCUUCUUCGUCCCCUCCACCGCCCGCGGCGCCCGGCACGCCAUGGAUGUCUGCUGCGACCUGCGCGCCCGGGCCACCAGCACCGACGAUGACCGCAACGGAGACGGGGUUGAGAAUGGGGGCCAUGACGACGAGGAUGAUGAGGGGAGUCGGGCGAAGGUGGUGGGGGUGGGGGGGUGUUAUUUGUGGUGUGAGGUGCCGGGGGGGUUUUAUCCGAGUGCGGGGGGGAAUGGGACGGGGAAUGGGAAUGGGACGGUGGGGGAGGAGGAGAGGGAGAGGGAGGUGAAGGAGGCGGUGAAGGCUUGUUUGAAGAGAAAUUGGGAGGAUGAGAAGGAUGAGGAUGAUGAUGAGCAUCAUGAUGAUGAGGAUGGUCUUGUGGAAACGGGGGUUAUUGUGGAGUUUCAGUUUAGUGAUGCUGCGAGGGGGGGGAGAUUGGGAGGUGGUGGGAUGCUGGGGGUUGGGCUGUGGAUGUUGGCUUUGUCGGGGGUGAUGUUUAACCUGUGA